CGAAUAGCACUUGUAGCCAAAUAAAUAAGAGAAUCAUCUCCCACCAAAGCCCUUUUGUUAAGCCAAAAAAAAAAAAAAAAAAAACCCAACCUAUUUACUUGUUUUUCUUUUCAUCAUCAGCUCUAAUAAUCUCAAAAAUCAAACUGCAAAACAUGUCAGUGACACUUCAUACAAACCUAGGAGACAUCAAGUGCGAAAUCUUUUGUGACGAAGUCCCUAGAACUGCUGAGAAUUUCUUGGCGUUAUGCUCAAGUGAUUAUUAUGAUGGGACCAUAUUUCAUAGGAACAUAAAGGGUUUCAUGAUCCAAGGUGGUGACCCAACAGGUACAGGAAAAGGUGGUACAAGUAUUUGGGGAAAGAAGUUCAAUGAUGAGAUAAGAGAGUCUCUCAAGCACAAUGCAAGAGGGAUGUUGUCAAUGGCCAACAGUGGCCCUAAUACCAAUGGGAGCCAGUUUUUCAUUACUUAUGCCAAGCAACCACAUCUCAACGGAUUGUAUACCAUCUUCGGGAAAGUGAUACAUGGAUUCGAGGUUCUUGAUCUCAUGGAAAAGACUCCAACAGGACCAGGUGAUAAGCCUCUUGCUGAGAUCAGGCUCAACCGGGUGACCAUACAUGCUAAUCCACUUGCUGGCUGACGUUAUUCUGAAGCUAAGGCAGUACGUGUGAUCUCAUUGUUCGAUUUGUUGAUCGUGGUGAAUACGUUGGAUUAUUGCUCUGGUCAGCUUUAAUUGCCAACAAAUUUACUGGUAGAUAGGGAGUAGUUAAUACGGGAUGAUAACAGUAAUGAAAUUUCCAAUGCUUGAACUGGAUUAGUUGUGGAACUGUUAGUUUCCUAAAACAUAAUCUUGAUAUCUCCAAAUAGCAAAUAUGGAACUUAAUCCUUGAAAGAAAUGGUUCACUAGAUUUACAUGUUUACUGCUUUGAUAGCCUAAUGUAUCGCAAGCUUAUCAUGUAUGAAUUGUAAAAAUCUAGUCGGACUGAGUGUUGAACUAUGAAAAUAUUUAGAUUUAUGUUAUGUAAAUCCGGAGUUGUUACAAUGGGUUAUACUUUUGAAUAUUUUGUACUUCUGUUA